CGAUCAUCUCAUCGAUCUAGCACGCACGUACGGAGUACCAGUCUUCCCUUCCAGCAAUGGCGGCCUACCUCCCCCUCGCCGUCCUCGUGGCCCUCCUCGCCGCCACCGGCGCCAGCGCCCACGGCUACAGCCAGACCCCCUCGCCGACGCCUGCACCGGCUGCCAAGUGCGACAAGGUGAUGCUCAAGGUGGAGGGCGUGGUGUACUGCCAGAGCUGCACGCACCGGAACUCGUGGUGCCUGGACGGCGCGACGCCGCUGCCGGGGGCGAAGGUGACGGUCACCUGCCGCGACGCCAAGAACCGCGUCAUGGCCUCGCGGACGCCCGUCGCCGACGGCAACGGCUACUUCCUCGCCGAGUUCGACGUCGCCGAGAAGGCCGACUACUACAAGGGGGACCCCGCCAAGGCCUGCUUCGUGCGCCUGCUCGCGUCGCCGGACCGCAAGUGCGACGACCUCACCAACGUCAACUACGGCAUCGAGGGCGCGCCGCUCCGCCACGAGGGCAAGCGGUGGUCCGGUAAGGGGCACGAGAACGAGAACGUCGUGUACGCCGCCGGCCCGCUCUCCUUCAAGCCGGACACCUGCGCGCCCAGGGGGCACUACUGAUUCGUCCUCAAGAGGUUGAUUUGAAUUGCAUGUACGCGCGCGCGCGUGCGCAAGCUAGAUGCGCCUGCGCUGCUGCUUUGGAUUUGAGAAAUUUGUGAAGCUUGAAGGCUUUAUUCAUGUGUUUUUUUUUUUGCUUCUGUUCUAUUUAUUGAUAGAAUAAUCUUUUGUUAAUCUUUUCGGCAAGUCUUAUUCUUUUUUUUUUU